CAUGUUGUUCCUCAUACGCAUGCGCAGAAGCGUAGAAGAGGUCGAAUUGAAGUUUAUUUUUUUUCUUUAACAAAAGACAGCAAAAUGCCAUCGGACUAUGAUAAAGAUGCGUAUCCAGAGCCUCCCCGCCAGACUCCCAUCGUGGACAAGCAGACGACCCUUCCCAACCCAGCCCUGAUUUUGACUAAACUCUUCUAUUAUUCCGUGGACCUCCCUGUCACCACAUUCAGAGAACUUGUGGAGGGUAUCCACUCUGGCAACAAGUACAACUACUACCACCAGAAGUUCCGCCGUGUCCCAGAGCUGACCGAGUGCACAGAGGGAGACUACACCUGUUACUAUGAGGCUGAGAUGCAGUGGAGGAGAGAUCAUAAGGUGGACCAGGAGAUUGUGAAGGUGGUCCAGGAGCGUCUGAGGGCCUGCCAGCAGAGGGAGGGUACCAGCUACCACCAGAACUGUUCCAAGGAGCUGCAGCAGUUUGCAGACGUGGCCAAGGCCUACCAGUCACGCUAUGGGGAUCUGGGAGCCUACGCCAGCUCAAGGAAAUGUCUGAUGAAGCAGAAAGACAGGAUGAUGGCGGCCGAGGCAAAAGCUUAAACAAUAACCCCUAAUCACUCUGUUCCAAGUCUCUCUCCUAUGUAUGAAAUGUAGAGUAAAUAUGUUUAUUGCAAAAAAAUAAUUGUCCUCAUUGUAUUGUUUAGCUGUAGUAACAGACAACUUUUUGAAUGAGCUGCAUUUACCCGUGACUCCAGCAGUUUUUAGCCAUCUCCAGAACUCAAACCAUUCUUGAAUAGGAACUGUUGUGGUCUAGUCCCGCUGGGCUGCAAGUACACUGCCACAAGUAGUACUGAAUCUCAAUGUAUUUGAUUGCGCGUCCCAGCUUAUCACUUGAUCAAAACGCAUUGGGGUCUGAGUGGAAAAGCCUUGAAUAUUCUCAUUUCAAGGGGACACAGAAUACAAGAAAUCUGACUCAUUUGGGAUUCAUCUUGGUCAAAUUCAAGUCCAGCGUUGUGAAAUAAGCAGCCAUGAUUAAAUCUACUUAAUAGCA